UCAUUAGACGUCAUAUGAGCGAGAUGCGGAUACAACAAAUGCGGCUGCAAUAAAACGCCCAUUGCAUUUAAUUUUCAAACUAGAAUAGAAUGGGUUAGAUUGGAAUUGAAAUGACCACUGUGUCUGUCGUAGAGUGCGUCUCACCCGUGUCACUCAGGACAUGUGGUUCAUCAGUCAGCUCACUCCUUCUGAACAGGAAAAGGCUGCAGUCGAAGUGCAUAUCUCCGAGAGUACGAAGUUCUCAAAAUAGGCCAUCUUCUCAAGAUAUAAGGGACGGCGGAUUAGAAGCAACAUUGGUGUCCUCGCCGAUUCCUAGUCCGAUUCCCCGUGCUACGAUUUCAUUGUGGGGAGGCCGUGCAUCAAGAAAUAAAAUUACAAAGUCCCCUUCGUCCAGAUCUGUCGAAGCCAUCGAGGUUGACGCCGACAAGGAAAUAACACGUACACAAUCGGCCUUUGCAUCGGACCUAUGUGUGGUCGGCUCAAAACCCAGACUUUAUGGCAUGUGGGAGAUAACCGACAGUCGACCCAUCACCGCUUUGACAUGUUACACACCCAGCGUUCCGAACGAGGAUGGCCUCUUUGAUCCAAUACAAGCCUGCGAUGACAGGAUGUGCGGUACAACCCCGGACAACCCUCCUCCAAGCCUCACCAACUCCAUGAGUGACAUAGAGGGAUUCGUCAUGGACGGUCAUAAGCUUAUGUGCCCUGAAAGGGUUGAACCAGGUCAUAAUCGAGAUUUCAACCCUGGGUUUGUGAAGCAGCCGCAAUAUCACUGUGUUAAAUGCCAAGGUCGUAUCUUCGAAGAAGAAAUGUCGCAAAUCACCUUACAGAGGCGGGUAAGUUCAAUUAUAAGCCGGCAUACCUCCAAACAUAACGUUUCUGCUUAUGCAAUGAACGAUUGUAAAGAUCAUCACAUUGAGCAUCAGUUCAUGACGCCCAGACUUUCGGACACGUAUGAUUGCACUACACUUGACGAAAAGUCAUCAUUUUACGAAAUUUACGCAGAAAAGAAACGCUUAAAGGCGGAAAAGGAGCGCUUAUUGAAAGAACGGAGAGAGAUACUUAAAGAAGAAAAACGAAUAGAAGAACUGACAAAAUUAAAAGAGAAAAUACAAAGAAAAGAAGAAAGAUGUAAGCAAAUACUGAAUAAGAACUAUACACAUGGAUAUUGUACAGUUAAAGAAACAGUAGAGAUAUUUGAGGACACGGUGAAAACAAAGACGACAGAGGCCGUUGAAGAUCUGCAAAACAGUUACCUGGAAAACAGCAACACCGACUUGAAUACACACAGCAGCAACAGCAACUUACAAUUACCACCCAUUUUUACGAAACUAUCGGCACCCAAAUCAGCUAGCUCUACAAGAAAAGAUGCGCCUAAAUCGACGCAACUGACGUUUGCGGCAUCAAAAAUGUAUACGGAAUCGGAUGGAAGAGAAGAAAUGUGUAUAGAAUUCGAAGUCCGGCGUAGUAGGAGCGAUACAGUUGGAAAAAAUGAAAGUAAGGUGCAAAAGGGUUUAGAGGAAAGGAUUGUAACAGAUACAGAAAUUGUCAAGAGGAAAAGGUUAAGCGCAAAGAAAAGAUCGGAUCUUGAUUUUCCUCCAUCUCGGAACUUGUCAUCAUGGAAAAAGGAAGCCGAGACGGUGAGCAUAGAUGGUUUUGAUUCGUCAACGACUUUGACAUCGGCCAAGAACACAUGCGUGUCAGUUCCAAGAGAGGAGAACUCCGAACUGCAGAAGAAUGAAUUCUACUCAUCAGACGACAAUUUUGUUGAAAGUGAUACUUCGGAACUGGGCAUCACGAUGUCGUCAACAAUGAUAGUUCCAGAGCGAGACACACAUUACUCACAGUGGAUCUCCUUCAACGGUGAUAACGAACCGGUGCUGAACACCUCCCCGGAGGUGGACGAAGGGUGUGAUACAUUCCUGAAACGUCUGCAGAGAACAAAACUCAUCAAUCAAGACGAUCCAGCAUUACCUUCCGGCCAACAAUUUUGUUUUGAGGCAAUGGUUGACAAACGUUACAACCGAUGGAAAAGACGCCGACGGAAGAAGCGAUCAGAAGCCAGACGGACAAAUGUGGCACAAAAUAGUGAAAGUUCCGACGAAGACGACGACAGAAAUGCAGAAAUGGAAAAAAUAAUUGAUAAAAUGUACGAAGAGAUCCACGGUCCUGUUCCACAGACACCAAACGGAUCACGUGACACACCACGUUCCCGUAACAGACGUCGACGUAAAGAGGCAAAAAGCGCACCAAAAGUGCAAGAAGACAAUGACACCGAAGAGCAACUGUCAUCUAUUUCAUUGUACGAAGUCAGUUCGGAAUGGACAUCUGAUGGUGCUUUACCUAGUUCGUCGUCUGUUGGACAGAUAGAACAACCCAAAGUCGGGAGUGUGACUUACGAACCGGAACAGGAAACGCCAAAACCAAGCGGAAGCGGAACUCUUUCAGACGACUUAUGUUCUUGGCCGUACCUAGAGCAAUAUAGAACUGAAAUACUAAAACGACUGACAAGUAGAAAUUCAGAUCGAUUAGAAGAUCAAAACGACUGGCUUCCAGAAAUAAGAACUCCGGAAAACGGUAUCCCUGGUGACAGUUUUCAAGAGAAAUGCAACCUUCUUGCUAAUCAAGAAAAUGGCAAGUUUUACCUUGAUGAACUCGACGGUGAACCUGAAAAUAUUCCUGAAAAAUGUAGCCAGGAAAAUAUACAAAUUGACACUAUUGAUAUCGAAGAUGAACAUGAAAACGUUCGAGAGGAGAUAAACAGCACAGAGGAACAGCAGCAAAACGCUGACAACAACACAGUUGAAUACGAGCCAUACAUUAGGGUAGAAGAAACACCACGUCAGAGUCCUUGUCAAGUGCCUGCCAAACAGAUAUAUUCGUACACUAACUGGUUGCGUUCUCAAAGGCCAGCAAGAAAACUGUGCUCCAGUGAACAAAAGCUAAAACCCCUAUCUCGCACGAACGCCAACAACUGGAGCGAGAUGGGUUACGACCAAGGUUUCCCAGAAGGCACCGACACAAUAUCAGCAGGGGAUACAAGUACGGAGCUCUUGGAAUUUCGUCCAAUCAUUAAUCAGGAAACCAUUCCGUGCACAAAGGAGAGAUUAGCCAAGAAAAGCCAGAAAGUAGCACUGAACAUAAAGAAACACAAUGUCAAUCUUCCAUCACUGACCAAGAACUCAAGGUCACAAACUUUGCCGGAUACCAGCGGCAAAACCAGUCGUGAGAAACUAGACAGGCCUGCGAAGGUGAAACAGAAGUCAACGAAAACCUAUGAAGAGAAACCAAAAACACAGACACCUCGUAAUGCAACGCCGACAAAGAGCACCUUAAGGGAAACUCAAAUUAUUCCAGAGUUUCUAUUUAAAGAUUAUUAUCUGAGGUCCUUGUAUGGUGAUAAGAGAAUCAACUCACACGUGGAUUCAAAAAAGACUGACAAAACGCUGAGGAAGACCCUAACUGUUGACAAUCUGGAGAUCCUCGCAAAGAGACCGGCAAAGAAAACAGAAGUCUCCAAACCCAAUGAACUGUCUUUCACUCGCUCAUUUACCUUUUCUAUGUUCGAUCUUCCAGAGAUGUACAAGUUAUAUAACACAAAUUUAGAAAGACGGGCGAAUGGUGAAGAAAUUGUGACACAGGAAUAAAUAUGGAUUUUUAAAUUAAAACAUGUAUUGUAUUUUCAUAAGAGAUAAUUUAAAUUUUAACAUGUGCAACGCGAAUAAAACAGUGACGGUUAUAAAAUGUUGAACUUUGAAACUAUUUGCCAAUAACCAUAAUAGUGAUAUAUAAUUCAACCGUAUGUAGACAAGACUCGUAAAACGCCAACUUUUAAAGAGAUUAGAUACGCUUUUGUAGUUUUCACUGGAUAUACAACAUUUGCUAGUAUUCAAAGACCUGCUUUAAAAGCAUCCAAUGAACUUUC